GAGAGCCAGAACCUGACCUGAACAGAGCCCGGUGAUUGUUUAUGAGCGAACACGAUUUAGCCACCGCCGAAACAACAGAAGGACAACAAGAAAGGCAACAACGCACUCUCGUUGUAAAUUAAAUUUGGGUCAGUCGCCGUCGUUCGCUGUCGCACACCGCAAACCCUGUGCCCGUUUUGCGGCUCCUCGCGCCUCGUCGGAUGUCAAAGGUGGCCAUCACCGGCCUACUGCUGCUGUUGCUGCUGCUGCUGCUGCCGUCACCUUGUUGAGAACGAGCUGGAAAACGAGCGAAAAGCGCGCGCUGCUAACCGGAGGGGUUUAUCCUGGCAUUAACGCCUGCAGAUACAUCAGCCAGCCAGCCAGCCAGCUAGCCAGCUAGUCAGGAGCUAGCAGCAGAGUGAAGCGCACACCCGGGGGAGGGUGUGAAACUGGGGAUCGCUUGUCGGAACACGCAUGACUCACCCCCGGAUUGCCGGUUAAAAAAGGAGCGCGCGUCCGGCCCCGUUCCGGCUUCGGUGUUUUUGCCUGCGUCAUCGCCACCACCGUCUGCCGCCUGCCGUCGGCCGCCACCGCCAUCGCCGCCACCACCGCCGUCGCCGCCGCAAGCAGCGGCGACCGAACAGCCCCGCGACGGCGUUCUUUCCAGCAGCCAGCAGCGCCACGAUGCAGAUCCAGAGCAACAUACAGAGUGUGAACUCCAUCUUCGGCUGCAACUCGUCCGGCCACAGCGGCAUCAAUCAGCUCGGCGGUGUGUACGUGAAUGGGCGGCCACUGCCCGAUUCCACCCGCCAGAAGAUCGUCGAGCUGGCCCAUUCCGGGGCCCGGCCCUGCGACAUCUCGCGCAUCCUUCAGGUCUCGAACGGAUGCGUCAGCAAAAUCCUCGGUCGGUACUACGAGACGGGUUCGAUCAAACCGCGCGCCAUCGGCGGUAGCAAGCCGCGCGUCGCAACCGCCGCCGUCGUGUCGAAGAUCGCCGAGUACAAGGCCGAGUGUCCGAGCAUCUUCGCGUGGGAGAUCCGGGACCGUCUGCUGUCCGAGGGUACCUGCAACAACGACAACAUACCGAGCGUGUCCUCCAUCAACCGGGUGCUGCGGAACCUGGCAUCGAACAAGGAAACCUCGUCGCAAAGCAACGAGACGGUGUACGAGAAGAUCAAGCUGUUCAACAACACCAGCGGCCACUGGACCUGGUGCCAGAACAUUGGCAGCGGUCAGUUUAACUUCUCCUCCCACCCGAUCCCCCACCUUUCGCUCAAAUCGUCGGCCGAGCAGUCGGCGAAACCAGCGAACUGCUGCCUGGAGGAGAUGAGCGAUAAGUACUCGUCCGAGGACGACGAGGACUCGGAGCUGCGGCUGAAGCUGAAGCGGAAGCUGCAACGCAACCGGACCUCGUUUACGAACGAGCAGAUCGAGAACUUGGAACGAGAAUUCGAGCGCACCCACUAUCCGGACGUGUUCGCGCGGGAACGGCUGUCGGAGCGGAUCCAGCUGCCGGAGGCACGCAUACAGGUAUGGUCUGGCGCGCCUAGUGUGCGCGGUUAAAAAGGGCUCACCAGGUGAGGGGUGCACCAGCCCACAGGUAGUAUACAAGCAAUUCCUCUCCCUCGGUUAUCAAUGGUUGUGCGCGCUUCAGAGCUAAAAAUGGGUAAACCUGGUAAGGGAGGGUGGAUGAAAGGGGGCGGGUUUGUUUUUAGGUUUAGCAGCAGCAGCAGCAGCAGCAGCACCUGCCACAAACCGGUGAGUAUCAAACCAGCAGCCGUGGCCAUGGGGAGGAACUUCCCUUAAAGAAGGGAUGUUUGGUUGGAUCAGGAAGCACAGCAGUCAGCAUGGAGUCAAUGUCGCCUGGCGACCCGGAGCCAGCCUGGUUAUUGGAACUGGAUUGGAGCAGCCGGCCAACUGGCCAGCAGCAGAUUCAACCCGGAUAUC